AUGCUGAACAUUGUGGCUAAAAAGGAAAAUGGGACAACAUAUGCAUGCAGCCUGCAGAGAUUGUAUUUGGGUUGGGCUUGUAAUCUUAUUGGAGACAAUUUGGGCCGGACCUCGACUAGCCACUGGAUAUCUUCGAUUGGUAGAAAUCCGCCGGCUGAACCAUGGGCUGCGACGGGCCGCGGGAUAAAAGAAAUGAUUGUUGUUUUGUCUGUUUGGCGUGGCUUUGUGAUGGUGGUGUUUAGUUUAUGUUCGACAAGAGGUUCGGUUUUUCGUGCUGAUGGUUACAGAAACUACCCUGAGGUUUAG